UUGUUGUUACUGAUGAAUCAGAGGUGCUAGCGCUGUUAGCACUGCGUCCUAACAUUUGCUAAGCUAACAACAUAAACCUGUUGGUAAAGCUGUCAAAUAACACAUUUGGGUCGGAGGAACAUUAACGUUAGCUUUCAGUUUACCCACCGAUUGACAACGGUGUCGUCGUGAGCGUUAUGCCUAACUUGUCUUUAGGUAUCAGGUUGUAUUCUUAGCAUUAGCCUUUGAGCAAAGGUCUGACUGGCAGACAUGGAGACUCGGGGGAUUGAAGACAUGUUUGACUUUCGUCGACUCCCCAAAGAUGCAGUUGUUCUCCUGCUGUUGCUGAUUUACUUUCCAGUUGGCAUAUGUUUGAUGUUAAUACGGACUUUUAUCGGCAUACACGUUUUCUUGGUCAGCUGUGCACUUCCAGAAAGUUUUGUUAGAAGAUUUAUUGUGAGAGUUAUGUGCUCAGUCCUGGGAAUGCAUGUAAGACAGAGAAACCCUCGCUCCAGAGACAAAAACACCAAACUGUACAUUUGCAAUCACGUGACAGACUUUGACCACAACAUAAUCAACCUCCUGAUUCCCUGCAAUACUCCACAACUAGAGGGCUCCAUAGGCUUUGUGUGUUGGGCUAGAGGCUUCAUGGAAAUCCAUUCAACAUCUGGCCAAGGAGCAAUAGGAGAGUCUCUUCAGAGAUACUGUUCCACUGAAGGCACCACACCUUUGCUUCUGUUUCCUGAAGAGGACACCACAAAUGGCCGUGCUGGCCUCCUCAAGUUCAGUUCUUGGCCUUUCUCGCUGACUGAUUCCAUUCAGCCUGUGGCCUUACGAGUAUCUCGCCCAUUGAUUGCUUUGAGUACACCAGAGUCCAGUUGGCUGAUGGAGCUCUUGUGGACGUUUUUUGCUCCAUGUACAGUGUAUCAUGUAAGUUGGCUCCCACCAGUUUCCAGACAAGAUGGAGAGUCCGCACAGGAGUUUGCCAACAAAGUCCAGGAGCUACUAGCAGGUGAGCUUGGUUUGGUAUCCACCAAAAUCACAAAGGCUGAUAAAGUGGAGCACGUCAAAAGAAAAAGACAUACUGUACCGCAAACAUCUACAGGUGUCAGACCUGGCUCUGUUGGGCUUGGUUUCAUGGCCCAGAGUUUGGGCACAGAUGAUAGGAUUACUAAGAUGGCCCAACAAGUAAAGGAUGUGCUUCCUCAUGUCCCUCUGAAUGUCAUCACAAAGGACUUGGUGAAAACCAAUUGUGUUGACACAACCAUCACAAAUUUGCUGGAGAAUAAGGAGGAAACUCCAGUGGAAGCAACUGCAACAUCGUCUACAUUUGGACCGUCUAAUAGUAGCUCUUACUCCUCUGGUUCUGCACCCACCAUAAAGACCGCUGCCAAAUCCUUUGGGAGAUCACCAGGUGAUAGACAUUUGUCUCUCCAAGAGAGGAAAGAAGCACUGUAUAAUUUUGCAAGAAGACGCUACAUUGAAAAACAUGGAUUGGAUCAAGAACACACCACAGAUCACUGAACACUCUUUGGGUCAAGCCAUCAUUGACAACCUGUCAGAAGAAGCGUAUACAACAUAAAUAGCUGUCUAAUUUAAAUGGUGGUUUUAUAUUUGAUUAACAGGUUCUGUUACAAAACAGAUUUUGUUAAGUACAAGUAAUGGAAAGUAUUCAGAUCAUGUAUGAGUUGAUGCAAUGGUUAUUAUGCAUGUCUUUAAUUCUUCAUUCUGGCUGAUACAUAAUUUUGAUAACAAUUUGUAUUAUGAUUCACUGACUGAAUCAUGUAUUUAUUUUUAUAAUGUCCAGAGUCAUUGAUGAAAAUAAAGCUCAGCUUGACCUUG